AGCCAAGUAAAUCAAAUAACAAGUCCCAAAUAAAACAAUUUGUUUUAAGUGGCAAGCUAUAAAUUAUUAAUAAAAUACUUUCCCCGCAAAAAAGGAGUGCAGAAAUUUUCUCUGUUAUACAGAAAGCCAGACCCCUACAUAUACACAUAUAUGGAAACCUAUAUAUAUAUAAUCAGAAUCCUUUAACUAAGUCCAAAAGAAGCUACGCGAAUGUGCGCUUUUGGUUACCUCUUGUUUUUCGCCCUAUUGUUAACAACAAUUCUGGUGCUGUCCAUCAUUUUUGCUACCACCUCCAAGCGAUCCAUGCUGGAUAGCUUCAUACUAGUAUUCAAUUACACACAAGAAGAACAGCCAGACCAAGAAAUGCAGCAGCAACAACAAACGGACUACUAUCAGCAACAACCACAAAUGUUUUUAAAACAGAAAAUAUUUUGAGUUCUAUAAGUUGUAUGAGAAAAAAAAAAUAAAAUAAAACGAAACGAAACAAAACGGAAAAUCAAUUGGACUUUAGUGUACGCGAGUAAAAGAAUUUCAUUCUUGAUCAAGUGAAAUAACUACAGGAAAGUAAAUAGAUUAAAUAUAAAGUGUCAUCUAAAAAAAUACAAUUCAAACAAAGCGAAAUUCAUAAAAAAUAGCAAUA